GGGGGAGGAUGAGGAAGAGGUGGUGGGGGCGAGUGAGGUGGGGGUGGUCUAUGUAGCAUGUACUGGACGCAGAGGAUGCUCCACCUCCAGCCUUCAUAACCCAGAGCCAGGCUGCUGCAGCGUCUGUGAGCGACUGCUGAGACUGAGGGGUCUCAGAGAUGACGACUGACUGUAUGAGGUCAACCCCGGACAAUGAACAUCGACUGAUGACACAGGAGAACAAUCACUACCAGGGGACGCUGGAGAGCCUGGUGGACAGGAAGUCAGACAUGGAGGACGAUGAAGACAAGGAGAAGAAGGUUUGUGCAGAGAGUUGCGAGGGCGACCACCUGAAGAAACCUCGAAGAAAGGACACGCCCAUCCUCCACUGUCCUCCACAUAUACCAGGUGUGAGGCUGCUCAAGGCAGAGAAGCAGAUGGUUCACUUAGAGGAUGAUGAGAAGGAGGACGUUUAACUACCAUUUCUCCGUCAGUAAUGUUGUUUACAUCCGGCUGCAUUAAAUGUUUAUUCAUUAGUUUUGCCAGUGUGUGUGUGAUACUCGCUGCAGGAUGUGUUGAGUUCAUUAGAGACUGUAUUAAAAUGGAUUGUGACUGGUUGAGACAUUGUACAGUAUAUGUUCAGGUUACAUAUCAGCAUCCUAACAAAACUAGUUUCUUUAAACACACUAUGGUAGAAUAGAGGCAAGGAAGCGAAGAUUUACAUAGAGAGUCAAAGAGAAUUGAGGAACUUACAGUAAAUCCAGGACAUUUUAAUCAGAACCUAAGAUAUUAAAGCUAUAAAAUUGA